AUGAGCAUACCAUCUUGGCUUUGCUUGAAGAAGCAAGCUGUGAAUGACUUUGUUCAGAGAAGAAUAGCGUUGCAGGAAUUCCUGAUUUCGGGUGAUAGAGAAAAUCGCCUGCUAAAAUGUGGGUUUUUGAAUUUCACUAUUGUUGCAGAGAAGGUAAUAGGCAUCUCUGCUGUUAACCAGCCCCAUUUUCGACCUUUAUUGAAAUCCAGGUCAAGUGACAGGAAAAUCAUUCAAAAGGCUGGAAAGAAAGAACACCACUUGUGGAAUAAAAGAGAUUUUGCUGGUUCUGGACAGAAGGCAUUAAAUCUUAUUCGAAUUAUGUCUGGACUUCCGAAUGAAAAAGAGGCAGUUUAUGGUGCACUGGAUAGAUGGAUAGCUUGGGAGACAGAAUUUCCAUUGAUUGCCGCUGCCAAGGCCUUAAGAAUCUUAAGGAAGAGGAAUCAGUGGAAGCGAGUUAUCCAGGUGGCCAAGUGGAUGUUGAGCAAAGGUCAGGGAGCGACAAUGGGAACUUAUGACACACUUUUAUUGGCAUUUGAUAUGGAUGGAAGGGUAGAUGAAGCGGAAUCGUUAUGGAAUAUGAUUUUGCAUACACAUUAUCGCUCUAUCUCGAAAAGGCUAUUCUCUCGGAUGAUCUCCUUGUACGAUCAUCACAAUGUACCAGAUAAGAUUAUAGAGGCAUUUGCUGACAUGGAGGAGUUGGGAGUGAAGCCAGAUGAAGAUACCAUCAGAAGAGUUGCACGUGCCUUUCAAGUCAUAGGUCAAGAAGACAAGCAGAGACUGGUUUUAUCCAAGUACCUAAGUAAAUGGAAAUAUAUCCACUAUAAAGGUGAAAGGAUUAGGGUGAGAAGAGAUGCUUGGGAUGAUUAAAGCUGGUGGGAGUCGGGCAAGCAAAAGCAGGGUCAACAUUAGUCUUGAUCUCUUGUACGGAGUCUAACUAAUACUGAGAAUUCCUAGUGUAAGACCCAAUUGAAAUCUACAUUUAGAAAAGUUGUUGCUCUCGGGACAGAGUUUUGUUGAUCUGAACACUGCGUGAUACUAAUUGCUGUCUUUGACUCACUCUCCAUUGCAUUAUGAGGCUGGUAUAAACAAAGUUGAUGCCAAUGCCACAAAAUGUUGCAAAUAGGACGAACUGAUGGAUCUAAGCUGUUUCAUCAUAUGAGGAAGCCUAUAUAUAUAUAUAUAUAUAUAAAGUUGAUGCCAAUGCCACAAAAUGCUGCAAAUAGGACGAACUGAUGGAUCUAAGCUGUUUCAUCAUAUGAGGAAGCCUAUAUAUAUAUAUAUAUAUAUAUCCUACAGUUCUAGUUGCAAUGGCUUUGAUGAAUCUUGCAGUCGAUUAUUUUAGAGAGCAAUGCCAGUGUUAAAGUAUUUUUUCUUUGGAAAGUUUCAAACUUGCUUAUGUUCAUAUUGAGAACUGUAAUAGCGUAGCUUUUAUUGAACAGUGAGCCCAUCUAUCGUUAUAGUGAAAAAUAUGCUACUGAUUCCGUUGUAAUAUUCCAAAGUAAAUCACCAUCAAUAAGCAUGACUAGAAGAAAAUGAUUGAUGACGCUCA